UUGGCCUGAAGUGUGCUUCACAACUUGCUUGCUCGGCUUAAUCAGUGUUGUCCUCCCAGAUGACAGAGAUGUCCAGCUAUUGGCCGAGACCAGGAGGGCACGUCAUCUCUAUCAAUCAGAGACUGCUGUUUCUCCUCUGAGGAAUGUCCCCACGGUCGUCCAGCCGCCUGACCAAGCGUUGCUGGAUGCAUGGGAGGCCGGGCAUGAACUGCAACCCCGUCCAAUGAUUAUGCAGGGGAAAGGUGAUAAUGACUUCCUAUCAAGAGUUAACGGCCGAAGGGGAGACUAACCCUCUGUUCACGGGCUGCUGCCGAGCAAAAGAGGUCAUAUACCGGGACCUGGGCGGCGGGUCUCAUCCUGAACUCUUCAGUCGAGAUGAGGAGGGGAAACUGGAGGUGGAAGUUGAGUCUGGAUUUUAUUCUCCGCGUCUGACUCUGUGCACCUCUUCGGACAGCCCUCCUCCUCCUCCUCCUCCUCCUGCACCACAGUGUGAGUCUCUCGAGGGCUUCUCAGCACCGGCCUGCCCCCACUCGUCCCGUGUCCCCUGGCGGUGCAAGGCGCAGGGGCAGGGCUCUCCAGAACGCAGAUACUGCGCGUCAAACGGCAACGAGGCGCGACACCGCGGUUUUGGGUCACUUACAAAGCAAAUUCAGAUUUACUCUCGCAAUGGCCCCGAGAUUCACGUCGCCACGGGGAGCUCAGCCAGCUCGGACUGCAACGGAGCUGAUACGGAUGAAAGGAGUAAAACUUUUGAGUGGAUGAGAGUGAAGAGGAGCCAGCACCGGGCGGCCAGAAUGCACAUGACCUGUGGGUUCAGUAUUGUUGGCUCGGGCCUCGGCGCUGUGGAAGCUGGAAGCGGCAGCAUCUGCACGGAUGGCCAUCCCACGGCGAACGGGGGCCCGAGGACCAGCUACAGCACCAAGCAGCUGACCGAGCUGGAGAAGGAGUUCCACUUCAACAAGUACCUGACGCGGGCCAGGCGCGUGGAGGUCGCCAGCGCCCUGCAGCUCAGCGAGACGCAGGUGAAAGUUUGGUUUCAGAACAGACGCAUGAAGCAGAAGAAAUUGCGGAGAGACGGGCUGGUCUCCGACCUGGGGCCCGCGGCUCCGCACUCACGCUCCGACACUGAGGACACCUGCCCCUUCCCGGGACCGACCUCUCAAAAACACCUGCCCCUGAACUCCUGAGCCGCAAGAGCUGCUCCGCGCGUAACACGGCAAGGGCGCCAGCCUGCAGAUGUUUUGAUUCGCGUUUGCAUCCGUUUCAAUCAGGCUACACCUUUAUUUGCUUACCACGAUGGAUGCUUAUCGCAAGAAGCGCUAUGGCAAGUUUUUUCAUGCAAGAACGGGUCAGAGCGAUUUGUCAUCCUCCCCGGCUUCAGACUGGCGCUCUGAUUUGAAUAUUAAAAUUCAAGUCAUUCCAUUGCGCUUCUAUACACAAUGUAAACGAAGAUACAAACUGAUAUUAAUUGUCCAUAGAAACUGUGGAAGACUAUUUGUUUAUCUAUUUUGGACAAUUUAUUCAGGAACUGGCUUUUCUUGAAUAUAUUUAUUCAGCAGGAAAUGUGCUUUAUUUUUAUUUUUUUUAUUUUAAAAAAACACAAAUUGCUGUUUUGAUUUAUUUAAGAAGUAUGUUUGAUAAUAUUUAUUUUAUUGACAAAGAAAGAUAAUCUAAUUUUUUUUUACAGCAUGUUGAGUAAGUUUUGAAAAUUAUUAAAUCAAAUACCAAAUUUACGUUCUAUAAAUUUAAAUCCACUAUAUUUUCUUAACUCAAGUUUUAUUUAUUUUUGUUCAGCCGCUCACAUUAAAGGAAUGAUGCAGGUGCAGCUGCUGCAGACAGACCACAUCUUUAACAGCAUGUGCCAGCAGAUAGUUAUCAGGCUGAUUUAGCAGAGCUUUAAUGCUGCUUUCCUGUUAUACAUUUGGCCCGGUUUUAAUUAUCUCCCAUCCAAGUAAAGAUUAAAAUGCCAUAACAGACGGAUAGAUUUAUUGACCGCUCGCAUAUAAAAGUAUUGAUCCGUGGUAAUCCAUCUAUUGGAAACACAAAACCUGGGAGUAUUCGCAUGCAUCUGUAACUGCAUGUUAAUGGAAUGUGGAAACCUCUGGAUCGGGAGCGGGUGCGGGUCUUUUAUUGCCACUAUACAUACACCAGGAAAUGAUAAUUUAGCCUGAACGCUCAUGCGGGAGAGCAGACAAUAAAACGGUGUCUGUGCUGCUUUGCAGAUCCACCAAUAAACUGUAAGACUCCGGCAGUUCGAGCAGCUAAAUAUUCCUCAUCUCAUCUCAUAGUGUAAAGUAAAUGAUUGUAAACAGGGCCCUUAAACACUGUUAUGUUCCAGUAUCGCAAUGCGUUUCUAUCAUGUUAAUGUCUAUUUUAAUAUCAAGAUAUGGGGCCAUCAUCCACGAUCAUUUUUGCUUGGGGAAUAUUUUUGUUUAGCUUUCAAUUAGCGUGUUUGUACUGAAAGGUUAUAAAACGGAUAUUAAUCCUAACAAAGGAAUUAAACUCGCGUGUUGUAGAUAUGAAAUAAACGCUAGAAUGAAAGUGAAUUAAUCGAGCCGGAUUUAAAUCUCCAAUAGUUGUAAUUUGCAAUCCUACAUCAAAUAAUACUGAUGAUACUAAAAUAAUAAUAAUAAUAAAUUAAAAAGAAAGAUUCACAGGGCGCAAAAGUGGACAAGGAGGCUGCAAGGCUAAGCUAAUAUAUGCAGUUACACCAGAGUUCACCCCUCACCUCUUGACCUUUGUCUUGCCUCGGGACAACGAUGACCCGGUCAGCGGCUCAGAGAGAGAAAGAUGCACCAUUAAUUUGGGUGACCUCGAAGUCUGAGAAAUUUUCUCCUCCUUUCUUCCAUUUUCUCUAUUUCAUUUUUUUUUUUUUUUUUUCCCUGCAAGCUGCUCCGUAUGCUUUUGUUCUGCUGGUGUUGGGUCUCUAUGUCCACACCACAAUAUUUCACUGAGCUGAAAAGAGGGGCGACUGGGCCAUAUGAUAAUUGUUCAUAUUAUAAUUCCAUACCAGGCCAGAUAAUACAUUUUUUUCCUGCACCUAGCGAUAACCUAAUUUCUGCCCUAUCUCUUAUUUUAAUAAGCCAAAAAAUGAGCUGCUGGCUCACUUUAUAAACUGGACGAGAGAGUCUUUCGUCAUUAGGUUUUUGGAUAUAAACUACAUUUCAGACUAUUUUUAAUAGAAAAGUUGAAAAAUUAAAGUUACUUGAGCAUUCUUAGCACUUAAUAUGAGUCCAUGUCAAGGCUUGCAUAAACAUUUCGGACAACUAUUCAUUAGAUACAUAGCUUAAAUAUAUAUUUACUUGAACAUACAACACACACGCACAUACAUCAAUUCCCUGCAAUUCAUAUAUUUUAUAAUAUUUAUCACAUUAAUUUAAGUAGAAAGCUAAAGAGGAAUAAAAGUUCAGACUUAAUGAGCAUUUUAAAGUUUUUUUCCUAAUUCAUUAGGAUGAUUUUACAUGCAGGCAGGACAGAAAUGUGUUGCGCCAAAUUUAUUUUAAAUUUGCAUUUAAACAAAACAGAGACCAUUAAGGCUGCCCUUCUCUAAACAAAAUAGCACAAAGUGGAAUGUUUAACAAAACCUUUAAAUGUGUCUGUGUUUUUCAUGCAAAGCGUGCACUUGUGAAGGUUAUGAGGAUGAUGAUGAGGAAGGUGAUGUCGGAGUAACGCGGUGAUACAUCCUGUUACUAUAAAAACGUCUCUCAUGUCCACUGUUCCUACUGAGAAGUGUGUUAGGUUGACCUUAUUAGAGACUCUUUCAUCAUCUUGUGCAAAUAUGUUCCCUUGCCACGGGGCUUCAAGUUACAGGUUGUAAUGUGCACAGAGUCUACUAGUGGCAGGUGUGCACUCAGACCUCAACCAAACUUUUUCCAUCUACUAUCUAUUAGAUUCACUUAGAAAUGCAAAACAGUUUAUGCAGUGGCGAAAUGUGUAAGGCAAAACUUAUAGUACAUAAUAAGUAGGAGGAAAAAGUGAAAAAAGAGUUGAUUUAUUUUGUGUGAACUAUCACUUUAAUUUCAUUCUGUGGCAGCUUCAGCAUUUGCGUCUCAAUUGAUGAAAGCAGAACCGCAUUGUUUGUUCAGACCUGACAUUUAGUUUGAAAGCAUUUGAGUGUGACUCUACUCUGAUGAAUCUGUGCUCUUCUGUAAUUCCUUCCUGAAGAUGUACGGCUGGUUCACAAGACUGACAGCUGUGCCGUGCACAGGCACACGCGCACGUAGAAACCCACCAAAAAUUUGACUUAGGUCAAAAUUUAUCGCUGCCACCCGCACUUACUGUGUUGACACUGAAGAAGUAAUACUUUUAUUCGUUGUUAUUUUUCUCUUUCCGUUUUUUAAAGCAAUAAUUCCUCAUGAUUAAAUCCUACCUAGAAAUCUACUUUACUCAACUAAUUCAUUUCAAUCAAUAAGAGGUGUAUUUAUUAUGAAAUAAUUGUAAUUACUUGUUAAAAAAAAAAAAUAGUCCAAUGCUGCAUUUUUGAUGAAACAUUCCUAAACACGAAGCGCACAACUGAGAUAUCAGAGGAAAUCCGGUGAUGUAUUAGAACGUGAUGAAUGAAGUGGCUGAUAAUCUCUGUUUUGCUCUGUAUUCAGUUACAAGUUAGAUGAUGUGGGCAGCUGUUACAACUCUCCUGAGGAGCACUGUGUGGCAUGAGCAAUGAGCGAACACAUGCGCCGUACAGAAUAUCUUACAUUUUAGAUGAACACAUAUAAGUGGGCUCCUUGUGAACUGAUUGUAAUUAAAGCUAAGUUGACCUAAAAUUAACUUGAUGCAUAAUAUGCAUGUAAUAUUCCCAUUCAUGCUCAGGGGAACGAAAUCAAUUGAUCACAUUAAGCUCUGUGUGAAGCACGUAUAGACGGCUCAGUUGCUGUUGUAAUUAUAGAUCAUUUGAAUGCUCUCCUGCCUUUUAGUUUUUCUGCUUGUCUGAUUUUACUGUUUUUUCUUGAUUUGCAAAGACUUUCAUGGACUAUUAGUCUUUUUGAUCGGUCUCGCUCACAUAUUUGACUACCAAACAAUUUGUACAUCAAGAAAAAGUUGAAAUGAAGUGCACCUGUUUGCGCGUGUGUGUGCGCACCAGCGCAUAUUUGGAUGCCCUGUGUACAAUUACACAAAUAUGUGUUUUGUUUCCUAGGUGCUACUAAUAAAGCGCUCAAAAAGA